AUGUCAACCAAACCCUUCUCGAUCGAUAAUACCCAUACGUACAAGAGAGGCUCUCCAUCUGCCGACGAAGAGGGAAAGGCAUCCAUAAAGAGAAUCGCCCUUGCCGAUUUGACAAAUAGACCAAGUCAUUACCACACAUCUGUUACUUUUAAGAAAACAAAUGAUGAGAAAACAAAAACAAUGGAGGUUGAUGAAAAUGAUUUUACAGAGAUUCACUCAAGAGGCAAUAAAAAUAACAAACAAUCACCACAACACAACAACAACAACAAUAAUAAUAAUAAUAAAUUAACUAAUAAUAGUAAUAUCACAAACAAUAAUAAUAAUAAUAAUAAUAAUAAUAAUAAUAAUAAUAAUAAUAAUAAUAAUAAUAAUAAUAAUAAUAAUAAUAAUAAUAAUAAUAAUAAUAAUAAGAAAAAUAACAAAAAAUUAAAGAGUCAAUCUAAUUCAUCAACACCCAAUAUCAAUAUCAAUAUUAAUAAUAAUAAUAAUAAUAAUCAACCAACAUCACAGGCUACCUUAAUUUCUCAAUCAGGGAUUGUCAAGGAAGGAGGUCUUAAAGUUAAUUCAUUAAGUACCCAAACCUUUCCAAGUCAACCAUUGAAUCAACAACAGCCACAACAACAACAGAUAGUUAAUACCCAAUCAAAUAAUUUUAUUCCAACCUCGACUGCCCCAAUCACCUCGAUAACAUCAGCAACACCAACAACAGCAGCACCAAUACCAACACCAUCAACUACAUUACCAAAUCCAAACCAAAAUGUUGCUUUUAAUAAUAACAACAUAGCACUACAAAUAUUCCCCACCAAUGUUGCUCAUAAUAAUAAUAAUAACAAUAAUAAUAAUAAUAACAAUAAUAAUAAUAAUAAUAAUAACAAUAGCAAUAAUAAUAACAACAACAAUAAUAAUAAUAAUAAUAACAAUAAUAAUAACAAUAAUAACAAUAAUAAUAACAAUAAUAAUAAUAAUAAUAAUAAUAAUAAUGAUCCAAAUAAUGCAUUAUUGGCCGAACAACAUGAAUUUCAACGUAGAUUGGCUCUACAUAUUUAUGGAACCAGUUGGGAUUUAAUUGAACACAUUAAUAUUGAUGCCGAUGAAUCAUCUCAAGAUCCAAUUUUUUGCACAGAAUACAUUGAAGAAAUUUAUGAUCAUGCAAGAAAAAGCCAAUUGGCAACUCAACCAAGAGAUUAUAUGGUAUUCCAACCAGAUAUCAAUCAAGACAUGAGAUCAGUAGUCAUUGAUUGGUUGGUUGAUGUGGCAAUUGAUCUCAAGAUGAAAAAUGAAACAAUCUUUCUUGCUGUCAAUUAUUUGGAUAGAUAUUUGUCAUGUCAUCGUGUAAAGAAGGACCAAUUCCAAUUAAUGGCAGCUGCAACCUUUAUGAUUGCUUGUAAAUAUGAAGAGGUAUCUCCACCACCACAUGGUGAUAUUAUUGCAUUGGCCGAUAAUCACUUUGAUCUUGUCCAAUUGGUAGCAGCUGAAAAGGAAGUACUUAAAGCUCUCAACUUUACACUGACUGCUCCUACAAUCAAAUUCUUCCUCGGUAGAUACCUCAAAGCUGCAGGUACAACCGAUCCCAGAGUCUCUGCCUUGGCUCAUUUUUAUGGAGAAGAAGCAUUAUUGGAUUAUGGAUUAAUGAAUUUCCUCCCAUCAUUGGUUGCAGCGGCUUGUGUCUAUUUGGCAUUGGUCACUACAAAUAAUCAGUGGACUAAAACCCUUACCUAUUAUACAAGAGUAUUUGUCGAUGAUCCAUUUUUUAAGAAAUGUAUCACAAUGAUUUGGAAGCGUCACAACACGAUCAGACCUGAAUUACUUACGAUCAGAACUAAAUAUGCUGAUCAUAUUCAAUGGAUUCAUUCUCUUCCCUAUUCACCAUAA